AUGUCACAGCUGGUGAGUGGCCAAAGGGGAAGUCACACCCAGAUCUGUCACCCUAGAGUUGGCCCUCUAAGCUCCUUCUUCCAAGUGAAGCCCAGAGGAGGUGCCUGGCACAAAGUGAACCUUCAAGAAAAGUUAACUGGUUCAAAGUAUUAUUUUCAGAAAGCUGAAAACAUGAAGCUCAUGCAAAUACAGAGUAAGUACACGUCAAAGGUUUAUUUAACUCCUCAGUGGGGGAAACAGAAGGAUGGUAAAUCUGCUUCAAUAAAGGACAAGAUGGCAUUAGCUGAAAGUCUUACAGGGCAACAAAAUCACAAGCUUUCCCAUUGUUUUUAUUAUAGGACAGAAAUAAUUUGCAACUGUGUAUUUUUUUAUAAGAUAACUUGUAACUUCACUGAGCAAGGACUUGGAUCAAUAAUCAACAGCACAGUCAAACAAAGGUGUAUCACCUAG